UGACUGGUGUUUUAAGAUCAUCACUGUGUCACAUGUCAGUGUGCUGCUCGCUGCACAUCUCGCCGUGUUUGUCCUGCUGCUGCAAAGAAUUCCAAUCAAAUAUGAUCAAAGAAGACAAAGCCGAAUGCUUCUUUAAGAGUGUGGAGAUUCAUGCUAAGAAGAACAACACCAAACACCACACCAAUGAAAUCUCAACCGAACAGCUGGUCGUGAGGCGGGGCCAGGAGUUUCGGCUGACUGUUGAAUUCUGUCAACCAUUCAAUGCCCAGAUUCAACCACUUCUCCUCACUGCAAAAACCGGAGAAUGUCCCACUGUGGAAAAGGGGAGUUUGUCAAACUUUGCUGUCCCAGAAGACGCCAUAAAGCAGCCAGCAGGAGCAAAGGCAGUAUGGAAGGCAGUGGAGUUUUCCAAAAUCGGCACCAAUACAGUGAUCCUGUCAAUCACCCCACCAGCUGACUGUCCCAUUGGGAAGUACACUCUCAGUGUGAAGAACCCAAAUAAGGAGACAGACAAGGGAGUGGAUAAGAAGAAAAAGGACAAGAAGGGAAAGAAAAAGGAGAAGAGGACUAACAAAGAGAUGGAAAAAGACAAAGAGGAGGCGGAGGAGGAGAAGGAUGAGGAGAUUCUGGUGGAAAGUUUCAUGGUGCUCUUCAGUGCCUGGUGUUCAGAUGACUCGGUGUAUCUACCUGAUGAAGCUGAGCGGCAGGAAUAUGUGCUGAAUGAAUCCGGACUUCUCUACAGAGGAAGUUGGGACCGCAUACACUCUAAAUGUUGGGACUACGGACAAUUUGAGCCCCUCAUGAUGGAUAUUUGUAUGAAGCUGUUGGACGUUAACCCCAAACACGCCGACGACCCCGCUAAUGAUGUUUCGGCUCGCUGUAACCCCAUCUACAUCAGCCGUGCACUCAGCCGCAUGAUCAACUGUGACAAUGACAAGGGUGUCCUGGAUGGUCGUUGGGGAGGCCCCUAUUGUCCAUUCACCAAGCCAAUGCACUGGAACGGCAGCUAUGAAAUCUUGAAGAAGUGGUUCGAAACAGAGUGCCAACCCAUCAAGUACGGACAGUGCUGGGUGUUUGCCGGAGUCAUGUGUUCAGUGAUGCGGGCAUUGGGCAUCCCAUGUCGUCCGGUCACAAACUUUGAGUCAGCAUACGACUCUAACCAGAAUCUGAUCGUCGACGUUUUCCAUUACAAAGAUGGAAAGUGUGAAGCUGAGGACAGUGUGUGGAACUUCCAUGUGUGGGUGGAAGGGUACAUGAGACGGCCAGAUUUGUCUGAUGAUGGCAGAUAUGAUGGCUGGCAGGUUUUGGAUCCAACGCCUCAGGACACAAGUGAUGGUGUGUACUGCUAUGGACCAGCUCCUGUAUGUGCCAUCCGUUCCGGAGAACUUGAUCUCAAAUAUGACGUCCCAUUUAUCUUUGCAGAGGUCAAUGCCGACUGUAUUGACUAUCUGGUUGCAGAAGAUGGCUCAAAGACCACACUCAAGUCGAACACUAAGAGGGUCGGUCAGUGUCUUUCCACAAAGGCUGUUGGCGGAGAUGAGCGGCAGGACAUCACUAAUACCUACAAACCCAAAGAGGGGUCGGAGGAGGAGAGGGUCAUCUUUAAAUACACCGUCAAAGUUACACCAGCAAAACCAGAGGAGAAGGAGGAGGAGAAGAAGAAGGAGGAGAAGAAGGAAGCUGAGGAAGAAGAAACCCCUGAGGCACAACCAACAAAUGAGGAACUGUCCAUACAAUUUGAUGACGUUGGUGACCCAGUAAACGGACAAGAUGUCAAUUUGAUGCUGGUGUUGUCUUGUAACAACAAGGAUCCCAUGCCAUUGUGCAUCAACAUCAUUGUCAAGGCAAGAACCUACUGUGGUUCAUCACGUGGAACCAUCCAGUCCGAACUGAAGCAGGAAACACUGCAGCCAGGAAAAGAUUUGUCCAUUCCAAUCAAGAUCCCGUAUUCCGACUAUCGUAAGCCCAUGCAGGAUUGUGACUCCAUGAGAGUUUCAGUCGUGGUCAAGCAUGAAGAGACGAACUUCCUGGCUGAAGAAGACAUUGAACUGGAUGACCCACCAAUGUCUCUGACUGUUGCAGGUGAGCUCACGAUCAAACAACCUGCAACAGCUACAGUGGUUUUUGUGAACCCGAUUGAGGAAACGCUGACCAACUGCUUUCUGACCAUGUCUGGAAGUGUCCUGACACCUGGAGAUUGGGAUUGGAAGAUUCCAGAUAUUCCAGCCAAUAAUCAGCUUUGUGCCACAAUCAAGUUUCAUCCGGAAAAGGCCGGCAACAGCAAGACCCUAACAGCUGUUUUCACCUGUGACCCCUUCGAAGACAUCAAAGCCACCUGCACCUGCAAAGUCAAACCUGCAGCAGCCAGUUAGAUGUUGCUGUGAAUUACAGUUGAGCUCAGGAAUAUGGCGGCAUUGUCAGAGUUUUUAUUUUAGUGCUUAACCACACUGUACUGUACUUGGAAGUGGUACUUGAUAGCGUUCUGUUCUAUUCUUCAGUGUCUGUCCUUGUGAUUUGUUAGCAGACAUUACAAAACAAAUUUGGAUUGGAUGUAAAAAUGACCUUUAACCACAAUGAAUUUAAAGUUCGCCUGAAUUAUUGAUUUCUGGUUGAGCUCACCUGGGCAUCUCAGGUAUCCAACUACAUAAGUACACCGUGUCUGGUGCAAAUCAGAAUAAAAACUUUUAUUUUUACAC